AAAAGCGUUCACUUCCCUGCCCACCAGCUCGAAACGGUCCGCAUGUUCAACAAGUCUGCGAAACCCGCUUCCCUGCUUCGAUCUAUUCAAUCUUCCGAUGCGGAGACCGAAACCGAGACCGAGGACGGUUCUUCUCGUAUUACAGCGACUCCACGAUUCCCAUUUCCAUUGACUAUCCCCUCGUACUCCCUGUCUCCAUUGACCGACCCCGUGCCAAGCCCUACAGCCCCAAGGGAGGGAUCUAAUAUCAUACUAGAGUCCUUGAGUCUUCCCCAAUCAACAUUGGCGCUCAAAGGCACACUCCUCGUGCGCAAUAUUUCCUACGAGAAGCUGGUCUACGUCAGGUUCACCCUCGACGAAUGGCAAACGACGUCUGAAGUAGCCGCUCGGUAUCAGACGUCGUUGCCCUCGUUACCUCAGGCAGUUUUGCCCGAGAGGAACCUUACUGUAGGCGAUGUCGCCGCAGGUGUUGCUACAGGAGGAUCUGACACUUGGGACCGCUUCGAAUACACAAUCAAACUGGGAGACUACACUUCGAACCUUAUCAAUCGCACCAUCUUUCUGGUCGCUCGAUAUUCCGCAUGCGGGGGUGAAUGGUGGGAUAAUAACGCUGGGAAAAACUAUCGUGUGGCCUUC